UACGGCGCCUCUGAACUCAUCCAGUCUCAAGGGUUGACUCCCCCACGUGAUGAAACAGCAGCUACUGUACCUCUCAAUGAUGGAGUCGGAAGAGGCAAGGAUAAAUGGUCAAAUGUAGGAGCAGCGCCAGUUUACUUGAAAACAGAGUCGACCACGGUUAUUUCAAAGUGGAUAACCGAACUAGCCAAACCUAAUCGGAUAAUCGCUUUGUGAUCCCACCUUGUGCACGGGACCGCAGCCUAGAUCUAGUCGGGUACCUGGGGAUGCGAUGGGAGAGCGAGUACCGCAGAGAUGAUGCGUUUUGUACUGGAUUGCUUGCGGACGCCAAGGCAACGGGCACCCUGCAGUGAAAGGGACCAGGACUUUGUGGAACAGGACCAGGGUGUCAUUCAGAAGACUGGAGAAAUCAAAGACCUGCAGGAUGCAGUGCAGCAGGAAGUCAUUGAGCUGCAGGAGCAGCGGGGCGACCGCCAGGAGCUGGAGGAGACCCUGGAGAAGCUGGAGCAGCACAGGGUGGAACUGGAGGAGCAACUCAAACUGACCAGGCUGGAGUGCGUCCAGGAGAGCCAGCAGAUCCUGUCCUUGCAGGCGGAGGAGGUGGCCAGGGAGACAAAGGUGGAGGAGUAUGAGCGGGAGCUGGCCAGGGCCAGGAGGAAACUCAAACAGCUGAAGAUGGAGGUCAGAAAGGCCCAGGGGAAGGUGGAGGAAGCGGGUGAGCGCACCAUUCCUCUGGAGGAGUCCAUCAGCCAAUCAUACGAGGAGAUUUUACAGGAGGAGCAGACGUUCAGUACACUGAGGAGUGAGCGGACGGGAGAUGCAACACUGCCAGACCACCAGCAAGUGGAGUCAAACGACACAUCUCCCAGCAGCCUCAGGACAGAGGAUGGAACUCUGGAUGUGCCCGAUGUACCAGCCAGGUCAUGGGGCAGGAGCCAAUCACUGCCUGUCUACGCUGAAAUCCUGGCAAACCUUGGGUGCGCAGCUCGCGCUAAGGACGGAUUAUCUUAUACACAAGAAGAGGAGGAGGAGGAGACACCUGUACCAAGCACACCAAAGCAGAUAGAUAAGGGAGAAGAGGAAGAGAAAGUGGAGGAGGAAGAGAAAAUUUCCCAGACACGAUCCACCAGUAGCAUAGCAGUCGAAGAUCUAGACUUCUACCACCCCGACCCCUUCAUUCACUGUGAAUCUGAACAUGACCUUUUCAAAGAUGACGACUUCUUUGCCAAUACAGAUAAAUCUGAUGAUGACCCAUUCAAAGGCACGGACCCCUUCGCUGCAGACAUCCUCUUUCCAGAGGGGACAGAGGAGCCAUAUCCAUCCACUGACCCUUUCCCAGACACCCCUGCAUGCCUGGAACCUGGAUUUAACGAGGACACAGACAACAGCCUCUCCUGCCCUGAAAACAAAGCCUCUACCGGCACCCAGUGCUUUGAGUCUGAGUUCCCCGACGAGGAUGAAUCCAGUGACAUAGAAAUAAGUUACAGCAGGGAGGAUCUGGACACUGUUCACACGGACGCUGUUGAACUCUCCUUCGUUGAGCCCAAAACCUUGAUCAUGACCGAACGCUUGGGUUUCAAGCCCAUCUACACAGCUCAAACCUGUUCUUUGGACACUGAAUUAGAUGACGCAGAUGAACCCGGCUUAGCUUUGGGACGCCAACCCUUCAGUGAAUCAUCCCGGGCCAACACCUGGGCUGCCGGGCCCAACUUAUCCACCGAAUCGGACCCUAAUGGAUACGAGUUUAAUAUCAACGCAGUAUCCCCACCUUCCGACAUAGAAGAGAUUGACAUCACUCUUGGAUCUAUACAGGUUGGCUUUGGCGUUGUGUGUGACUCUGUGGAACUCAGCUACCCUGUUGGGAUUCAGGCCUGUGACUCAGAACCUGCCGAAACAGGUGGAUGCGACCUUCCUGAACCCAGCCCUCCUGUGCCCAUCCGCCCGGUCCGUCCACCUAGACGCCUCAAAGGGGGAGCGUCAGCUGUCCUUGUAGAAGAGCCAGACACACCCAAAGCUGAACGCUGUGAUCCAGGUUCUUCCAACCGCUCAGCUGAUUCAGAGCUGGACAGUGCUAUCGGGAUGGACCCUCUUACCAGCUCAGCUGACCACAACAGUAAAUUCAGCUUCAGCAAAAACAGUCUCGAGCUGAACUAUGAACCCAUUAGUCAAACUUCGUACAACUAUGGAUUCAAACUCAGCCCUGAACACCACAGCGAAGAGAUUCUCGAUCCUUUUGGCACUGAACUCAGCGAUGAAGAGGCCGACAACCAAGCCUCAUUUGAUCCGUAUGAAUUUGAGCCUACCGCUCAACCUGAGACCCAAGACAAGUUCGACCCUUACGAGUUUGGACAAAAGCCUCAUGCCACCAACCAAGACACAUUUGACCCCUAUGGUUUCAAACUCGUAAGUUUUGAGACUGACAACCAAGCUAUUGUCGACUUACACAGCGGCGAUGGUACCAACCUUAAAGACAACAAUAACAGAACCAAACAGGACCCCUUUAGCUUUGAUUUCAGUAACGCAGCAUCAAUGGACCACUAUAGUUCAGACCCCAGUAAUACUGCAACAAUGGACCUUCUAGGUCUGGAACUCAGCAGAGCCAACAGUGUUGCUGAGUCAGACUGUAACAAUCCUACAGUGUCUGACCCAUUAGGAACAGUACAAACCAUGGCAACUGGAAGCAACCUGUUAGACCUGGACCUUGUGUUUGGAAGCAGUAGUUAUGGAAACCCUGAGGUCGCCCCUGAGCUCGACCCCUGUGAGCCUAGACAGGGAAACCCUGCUGGUCCAGACAACUUUGCGUUCAGAGCGAGAGACACCGCCCACUCCGAGUCUGUAGACACCGUUUCUGACUGGAUGACUGUUAAGACCAACUCCAGGGAGUCUUUCGGCCCAGUCAACUCCCGCACACACAGCCUGGACAAAUGAACCAUUCCCUGGGAAGAAGUCACCAGUCUGGCCAUGAGUCUACUGCAGUACAACCCAACAAUGGGGAAGUAGAUGGAAAGAUAGCAGGUGAAGGAAGGAAUGAGAGAAAGGAGUCACUUUUCUCCAACCUGGCAUGAUUCACCUUGACUCCUAGUCAAGGGUUGCAACAUUGCAUUGAUUUAAAAGGGAUUGAUAUGUUCAUUGAAAAUCAUAAUUUGAUCAUUCUAAUUUAUGAGUUAUUAAUUGGUGAUGGUUGUUUUGCAGCUGUAAGGCGUUGGUUCAUUCUAUACCCUGUUAUAGGUGCAAUAUAGUAUUUCAUCUUGGUCAAGAUUUACAGUGCCUUGCGAAAGUAUUCGGCCCCCUUGAACUUUGCGACCUUUUGCCACAUUUCAGGCUUCAAACAUAAAGAUA